AUGGCCCACGACGAAAUCCACCUGCCUCCAGCAGAGGACCCAACCUCGAGCGACGAGGAAACAGUCAAGGGCAUGCGAGACUCGGACCACAUUGUCGACAUCCUUGAAGAAGAAAGACAAGAACAUGCUGCUGCACCAGUCACCAGCCACGGCCCGCUCGCAAACCGCUAUCGCGAACUGCUGUGCGACCAAGAUGAUGCACCAGAUUCGGGGUCGGCCGAGGGACUGCCCAGGAGGGUAGGAAGCCCCAUCGACUCGUUGCUAUCUGUGCCGGACGGAACGCCCUCCAUCCAAGGCUCGGUGCUAAGCUCUCCAGGCAGUAGUAUUCUGCCUUCGGUAGCUUCCCGGCCUGGCCUCAACAGUCCACGGCCCUCGUUCAGACCCUUCGACAGACGCUUCUCAUCACGUAUAGCCUCGCCUUCCACUCUCUCCCCGCGGCCAUCGUCGCCAGCCUUUCUCGGUGGUCAUAGCCGCACCGCCUCCCUGACUAGCCAGUUACUCUUGGAUCCAGGCGACACCGACACCCCUACACCUCCUUGGGAAGUCGUACGGUGGACGAGGUUGAAGAAACUGAAUGGGCAGGCCUUUUCCGAGGCCGGUAAGCGCAACUUUGGCGCCCCCACCUGCAUUGCUGUUUCUGCCUCCAUAGUCCUGGGCACAUCCAAGGGCAUAAUCUUAAUGUUUGAUUACAACCAGAAUUUGAAAAUGAUUAUUGGUCCUGGCACCAAAGCCGUCGAAUCGGGUCCAAUUACUUCCAUCGCCAUUUCUGCCGACCAUACUACGGUUGCUGGAGGGCAUGCAAGCGGCAAUAUAUUCACGUGGGACACUAAUAGGGCCUCGCGGCCCUUCUUGACAAUACCUCACCUGGAGUCAGCUCAGCUUCAGAACAGAACCGUAGACGGCCAUGCGCCAGACGUCGCGGUUACGCAUCUAGGAUUUCUGGGCACUAGACAUACUGCUUUGGUCUCGGCCGACGAUAAGGGAAUGGCUUUCUCGCAUCUAGCCACUAGAGGGACCGGUGCUUUGGGAAGGACUGUCAAAACAGUGAGGAUCUUAGGCCGCUAUCCGAAUGCCCCGACACCAGUUGACAAGCUUCUCAAGCCGAGUACCGUGUUGGCAUUUGCAUCACUCCCGCUCGGCAAUGUUGAUCGGGCUACAGAUGGUAUGGGGCUGACAGCAAUGUUGACACCGUAUUUACUGGUCAUCGUCUCGACCACCCCAGUGGCACAGACACAGCACAAAUCGGCACGACCAAAGGACGUGGAGCCUCACAGCGCCAUGAGUGGCUGUUUGGCUUGGUUUCCAGCAGUCAGACUGAAAGUGCCAGACCCCAAUACCGGCAGCACCAUGUCCAAAGUCAAACUUGUCUACUGUUGGUCGAACGUAUUAACCGUGCUUGACGUUGAUGAGAUUCCCACAGAUGACAAGGAUAAGCCUCCAACUUUGAGGUUCAAGGCACGAAGCAGGUGGAAAUGCGAAGAAGCAAUCGUAGCCGUCCAGUGGCUCAGCCGGUCCGUUCUUACCGUGCUGACAAUAUCGCAACGACUCAUUGUGCUCGAAGAUCGCACCAUGCGAAUGACCGAGGCUUUCGAUCUCAUACACAAACAUAUAUACCAUGCAGAUCUUUUUUCGACACAGUUGCACGCCCUAGUCGAGCAGUUAGACGAAGAAGAUACGUCGAUGCACGGAGUAGUUGCAGAUGCAUUCUAUAUGAGUCUCAAGGCGUACAAAGGAAGACUAUUUCUUCUCGGCUUCAAUGAUGUCUCGAUAGGAGCGCUGUCAAAUUGGGCCGAUCGAUUGAUUGCGUUGAUGGAGAAUGGUGACUACGUUGGUGCGAUUCAAUUAGCGACGUCUUAUUAUACAGGCGAUGCCGACAAACUCACCGUCGGACUACCAGAGGAUACAGAACUACGGCAUAAGAUGGUUCACGACAAACUCGUUGAGAUCAUGAGCGCGUCGCUGAAAUAUGCAUUCGGACAGAGACAAAAGAAUAAAGCUUCUGCGGAUGACCAACAUCUCCAAGAGCUAGCUGAGACCUGUUUUGUAUCUUGUCAAAGCAUCAGUGAUAUUGACUUUGUUUUCGACGAAAUGUGGGAGUGGUAUGACGAUGGUGAUGUGGAAGGCAUUUUCCUCGAGACUCUGGAACCGUACAUCCUGGAACAGACCAUUAAAAUGGUGCCACCCACGGUCGUCAAGGCCAUGGUCACACACUUCGUGAGCAAAGGUUGGGAAAGCCGGCUGGAGGAAAUUAUAUGUCACAUGGAGACCGCAACACUUGACAUCGACGAGGUUACUUUGCUCUGCAAACAACAUGGUCUCUACGAUGCUCUCAUAUAUGUGUGGAAUCAAGCGCUCAGAGAUUACGUCACGCCAAUGAUUGAUCUAGUCACUCUCCUGAUUCCUCUCAUGCAAAAUGGGGACCAGGACUCUGGAAAUCUCAUGAACGAUGAGAUCUAUGGCGUCAAUGCGCUGAAGAUGUUUCCGUACCUCUCAUACACUCUCACCGGACGGGUUUACCCUACGGGUGAGGUGAUGGAUGAUGAGACAGCUGCACAAGCAAAAGCUGAGAUAUACUGGUUCUUAUUCUCUGGCCAGGUUGUCACAUGGCCAAAGGGGAGCGACAAGACUUUUCGCACAAGGCCUGCUCAGAGCCAAGAACCGUCAUUUCCAUAUUUGCGCAUGAUCCUUAAAUUCGAUGCUCCGAGUUUCCUAAGUGCAUUGAACGAGGCAUUUGAAGAUUCUUUUCUCAACGAAUCGCAAGAAAAACAUCUGAAUGGUGGCUCAAGGAAAGAUAUACCCGAAGAACAGAUCUUCGGCUUGACAGUCGACCGACAAUACGUGGUAUCCAUUCUUCUGGAAAUCAUGAGCCCUGAAGAUUUUGCACCCGAAGACACCAUCUACUUGGAUAUGUUCAUUGCUCGAAAUUUGCCGAAAUUCCCACAAUACCUUAUCCUCCCAGGGUCUACUCUCAUCAAGAUCAUCACUGGGCUUUGCAACUACCCAGGAGAAGACUUGGCUGACGACGCACAGCUCAGUACUGAGUAUCUACUCUCAGUCUUUGAGCCCCCAGAUCUAGCACCUUUGAUUCCCCUAUUCAAAAACGCUGGCUUCUAUCGGAUUCUCAAGCGUAUCUACAGAAACGACAAGCAGUUCGGCAAGCUUCUGCAGAUAUACUUCGAAGAUCCUGAAGACCGAGAAGAAGUUUUUGAUUGCAUUGGAGAAUGCUUGAGAUCACCCGACUUGACCAAAAGGCAGAUCCAAGAGGUCCAAGAAGUCAUCAAAGUGCACUCGCGAGAUCUCGUCGAGCUUGAUGCUGAGAGGGCGGCUCAGACGCUUACGAAGCACGCCCCAGAGUUACACGAAUACGUCCUAGAAUCGUUGUCCGAAAGGUCUAGGCUUCAAUACGAGUACUUGAAGACACUGUUAGAGCCAGAAGAAGUUCCUGCCGGCGGCAAGACCUCGCUUAAUCGCGACUUUGUUGAGCAAUAUGUGCAGCUCAUGUGCAAGUACCGCCCUUCUCAUGUUUCAGAUUAUGUAGGAUUUGUUCAGACUACGAACUUGAGGCUAGAUAAGCUUCUUCCAACGAUGGAGGAGAACGGCGUCAUUGAUGCUGCGGUCAAGCUUAUGGCCCGCGAAGGCCAAGUCUCCGACGCUAUGAAUCGUUUGAUAAAGCACCUUGAGACUCUCGAAUCGGCGCUGCAGGGCCUCCUAGUAGAGACAAACGGGCAUGGUGAGGAAGUCGAUCUGCAACAGUCUGCUGAACACCUCCUUCAAGGAUUGCAGGACUAUACUCACGUGGGCAUCUGGCUGUGUCAAGGUCAGAUGAAGAUGACCAAGAAGCUGAGUGCUUUACAAAGACGACAAAGUUCGCCGACCGCGAAUGAUCUUACUCCUGACGAGAAGUUGUGGCUUGACUUGAUCGAUGCUACUGUGCAGAUCACCCGCAGACUGUCCACUAUUGUAGCACCAUCAGGCGCGGGUUCCAAAACUGUGACUAAUCGGCAGCUUGACACGGAGAAGCUCGUAGCACUCCUUCGAUCAUUGGUGCAGCACACCUUUACUGCACUUCUUACCGCGACAUCUGCACAAAGCACAUCUCCGACCUCUUCUUCUCGCCUGGCGUCGUCCUCGUCAGGCAGCUCGCUCACCUUCCUUCGCAUAUUGAAAGCAUUUCUUACGCAGGCGGCAGCUGCUUCGCCAAACCUAGCAGAUCUCCGUGCUGUUCUCGCCUCAAUCUUCUCGGCCUACGCGUAUGAAGAAUCCAUCCUACGUCUUUCAAGUCGUAUGUUAGAACAGCAGCUUUUUGUCAACGUCCAGUCCGCAGUACAACUCAGGCAACGCGGAUGGCGGCCAAAGGGGUCGACCUGUGAAGCUUGCGGCCGGAGACUUUGGGGCCCUGGAGUGCAGGGUAACGUUUUUGAAGCUUGGGAGGAGAAGCAAGCUAUCGAAGACAGGAAAAGGGCAGAGAAGAAAGCGGCCAAGGCUGCAAUUGGCGCUCCCCGAGAGAGGGACAAGGGCAAGGCUGCAACCCCGAUCGCAACUCCUGGGGGUUAUUUUGAGGCCUUUGGACCAGACAAAGGAAAAGAGAAGAAUGGAGGUACGAACAAAGGCAUGACCGGCUCGUUGACUGGCGCUGGAAAUGGCGAAGACGACCGCGCAGCAACCGCGGGCGAGAACACGAAUGGGAAUAGUCGCGACCAGCUUCUCGGACCUUUAGUCGUGCUGGCUUGCAGACAUGUAUACCAUCAGAACUGUCUUGAUCUAUUGCAAGCUCGGAAGGCAGAUACAUAUAGGACAGUGGAUGAUUUUGGCCGAGAACUGAGGGAGUAUAGAUGUCCUAUCGACGGAUAG